UCGGGGGGGGGGGGGAGGGGUUGCGUUGCCGCCGUUACCAGGACAAACAGCGGCGUCACCUGGAGGAGGAGAGGAGAGGAAGAAGGAGAAAAAGAAGAGGUGGAGCCGCCGUCGCCGCUCACCACAGAUGGCGGGAGCGCGGCCCCGAGAGGCAGCGGCGCCGCAGUGACAUGGACAGUCACCAUUCAAGGGGAUAUUCUAGUCGAGAAAAUGACAGUUCGAAAUUAGAGGAAUGGAGUUUGGUAUGUGGUAGGAACCGGCCAAGCCAGAAUUUAACAGGUGUUGACGAAAAGCACGAUGAGUAUCUGCUGCUGCUUCAACAAAGAAACAGGGUAUUGAAAAGGUUAAAGGUGAAAGAUCCUAAAACAAUUCAGUUGGAACGUUUGGAGCAAGGAUUUUCUAUCUAUCUGAAUGGUGCUAAUGCUGAAUUAAAGAGGCAACCAAUAUUUGUAGAAACUUCACGAUCAACGAGAACAGCUGAAUCUGCUGCCAGACCCUCGUUUUCUGAAGAUGACCUAACAGACUUUGAAGAGGUGGAAAAACGUAGAACACAUACUGCACCGGGCAACGUUCAACGUAAAGGUUGGAUACAGGGUUCUGUUCAUAUUAAAACUCAGAAGGGAACGCAGUUUCACUUUGGUCCACCUGUAGAUUACUCUGAUGAUUUUGAACUUGAUGACAGUGUUGAGAUGGAAAGAGAAGAGGUAUCGUGCAACUGUACUCAGAAUUUUGUUGAAGAAUCAACCAAGAAGGAAGAGCACUCUUGCGUCUUUUCAGAGUCUUGUUUCACAAAGUCUAAAAAGUCAGACAAAAGCUGCUGCGACCGAAAUGAAAAGAUACUUUUAAACAUGGAUGACGUUAAGAUGUUAAAGAGAAGCCUGGAGCUGAGCGUUUGCCUACAGUUAAAUGAGAAGAAGAGUAUCAGCAGCGAAGACUCCGAUUCAUUGGAUGAAGAUUAUAUUGAGGAGCAAAUUCAAGAAGUACCGCAGUGUCUGGAGAGCAUGCAGUUUAAUGAGCAAUCUUUCUUGAGAAGUUCAGGGAUAACGCAAGAAUGCAAUCUGAAGCCUGGAGACCUGAUCGUGCUUGAUUUUGGGCCAAGCAGUAAAAGCAAGCAAAAGGAACGCGUUUUGUCCGCAAGGAGGAAAGAAAACGUGGAAUCGUACAUACCUGUAAAACCUCUUGUAGUGCGGGGUAAAUCUUUUGACAAACGGUCCUCCUCUCCAUCUAGCCAAGAAAGGCAGGACUUGAUUUCAAGUCAAGGAUGGCACACGGAGAGAACACUUUCUGCUUCUCGGAGGAAUAUGUACCAGAAGAAGGAUUCACAGACGUCUGCUUCGACUGUCUUCCAGGCAAUGCAGAAAGAAAAUGAAGAUCUUGUGAAAGGAUCGCAGACAGAGAGAACAACGAUCACACCCACAUGUUGUCAAAUGCUCUCGACAUCCUCGAUGCCAACAAUGAAUGGGACACUUCACACUCCAUCUGAUUCAGGACAGCAGAACACAGUCAAUAAAGCUGUCGAGAGAAUCGGCCUUUUGGAACCAAGUCAGCAGAGAAAGCUUCUGAAAGUAUUGGAGAAAAUUGAACUGGAUCCUCCACGUGAUAGUUCAAGUGGUGGUUCUUUAAAGGGAAGAACAACUCUACAUAGUCCGGAGACUCUCUGGAGUGUUGGUUUGCCAGCAAAAAGGGAAGUAAAAGACACAAUUUAUGUCACAAUGGAGAUUCUGUCUAAUUGGGGCAACAGUGGCAAAGUGGGCUUGACAGAAGUACAAUUCUUUGAUCUGAAAAAACAGAGAAUAUCUGUUUCUCCUCAUGAUGUCGAUAUCAGGAAUGCAGAUUACCCCGGAAACUUAAGCUGUUUAGUGAAUGGAAAAACAAAGACCACAAAGGAUCGUCACAUGUGGACGUGUCCUUUCCACCCACCGGUACAACUGUACUUUGUGGUGCACAGCCCAAACCGGUCACGUGAGCUGGGUAUUUCUAAGAUCAGGAUUUGGAACUAUAACAAAAAUCUCAGUGAGUUGAAUGUUGGAGCAAAGGAUGUGAGAAUCUACGUGGACAGUAAUCUAAUGUUUGAAGGAGAGCUUGAGAAAGGUUGUGGAAACCAAGUAUUUGACUACAGUACCUCAGUUGACUUAAGGCCUUGCAUAGAAGAAGCUCCAUUUGAUGAUUCUAGUUGGAAGAGUAUGGAAGGUGAAAGCGGAAGCAAAAGAGACUCUAAUAUUGUGCCCCAACAAUGGGGAGACUCUGCAGACUGUUCCCGUUCAAACUUAGAACAUAACAGGAGUGAAAGAAGUUCAUCAGCCGGUUCACUAAAAGAUAUCAUUUCUACUUCAGAGGAGCACUUAAAAACAUUACCCACUGCUGUCGCACUUGAAGAGCCACUCCAGAGAUUACAGGUUUCCGAGACGAGUGAGGAGAAAGACGAGUUUCAAUCAGACGAAGAACUAGCCAUGAAGGAGCAGCUGGAGAAAUUAACUGGGAGAAAAAUAACAGAUACGUCAUUGACCUCGAAGGUACCACCGUGGUUACAGUCGCCCGAGAAAGAAAAGCAGGAAAGAAGUAAAUGGAAGAAGCCUCUUUGGCUCAGUGAUGAGGCCCCUACGGAUUUAAGUGUCAAGAAUGAUUCAAUGGAUAAAACCCAAAGUAAUUUGCCCGGUGUGACUAGUCUUUCCAGGGGGCACAAAAGUGCGAUUGUGAGUUCUGACAAAAUUUUGAACAGCAAUAGAAAAAACACAGCCAGCUCUCUCGAAAGGGACAUUCCUGAGAGAGACAGUUUAGACCUUUGUGACAGACUAACAGAGAGCAAUUCUUGUGCGCCUUUCCUGCUGGAAAAUAUGAGUCAGAAGCUCAGCCGUCCUGUCAGCGGAAGGAGGAGUUCUUUAAAGAGUGCAAGAGAUAAAGAACCAUUUCGUAUCAAUGCAUCUGAAGGGCUGCCUAGCAUAGAUGAUCAGAAACCUUUGAAGUGUAUGGGGUCUACAAGAGCCAAGUGGCGAAAUGAACAGGAUGACUCACUACUUGAGUCUUGGAGCUCUUUGCUGAAGUUCAACAGGUCCCAGCGAGGUCGAAUAGCCAACAUGGAAUAUCAGGGAGAUGUAUUUGAUGAGUUCUUGCAAGAACAGAAAAUAGGCAGAGAAGCAGGUUUCAAAUCGUUGCAUCAGGAAUCGGUUCAGGAAGUCGAGGAGAAAGAAGAAAUUGGAACUGAAUUGGAAAAAGUUGAUGAUGAUGAUGAUGAUGAUGGAUGUGACGAUUUUGAAAUUCCAGUUUUACCAAGUGGUAGCCACCUGUUUAUUAAUGUUAAAUCAACCUGGGGCGACCGGCAUUAUGUUGGACUAAAUGGAAUUGAAAUAUUUUGUUCGAGUGGGGAACCUGUACACAUAGUGCACAUCAGAGCAAACCCAGCAGACAUCAACAUUUUACCCACUUAUGGGAAAGACCCGAGAGUGAUCGCAAAUUUAAUUGAUGGUGUCAACAGGACACAAGACGAUAUGCACCUUUGGCUCGCGCCUUUCACUCCAGGAAGGCCCCAUGCGAUCACCGUUGACUUUGCAAGCUCUUGCCAAGUCGCCAUGAUCCGAAUCUGGAAUUACAACAAAUCGAGAAUACAUUCGUUCCGCGGAAUUAAAGAUGUCGAAAUUUCAUUAGAUGAGCAGUUCAUCUUUAAAGGAGAAAUAGCCAAGGCAUCAGGGACCCUAAACGGAGCUUUGGAACAGUUUGGAGACACUAUACUUUUCACGACCGAUGACAAGAUACUGGAAGCAAUGGCCCAGUACGAUAAGACAUUUGAUGCUGAAAUUGAUUAUACUCAACCGCUUGGCUUCGAGGAGGAUGUAAACAGACCCAGGACCGCUGAUGGUGAAGGAGAUGAGAGACCCUUCACACAAGCUGGCUUUCGAGCUGAGGAUAAACCGGAACAGUUAUCGGCAGCCUACACGUUAACUGGCCUGACCAGUCAAGCGCUGGGGGAGUAUACUGGCAAAUGUCUACAGCUAAAUUUUACCCUGACGUGGGGAGACUCUCAUUACCUUGGGCUGACUGGACUGGAAGUGGUCGGCAAAGAGGGACAGGCUCUUCCAAUCCCAAGGGAAAUCAUUGAAGCAUCGCCAACUGACCUAAACGAACUACCCGAGUACAAUGAAGACAUCAGGACCUUAGAUAAGCUGAUUGAUGGGAUUAAUAUCACAAUGGAAGAUGAACACAUGUGGCUGAUUCCUUUCACUUAUGGGGCAAAUCACUUCCUCACUGUGACCUUUGAUAAGCCACAAAGCAUUGUUGGUCUUCGGUUCUGGAACUACAAUAAAACCUCUGAAGAUACUUACAGAGGGGCAAAGAUCGUGCACGUUACCCUCGAUGGAUGUCGCAUUUCACCACCAGAAGGCUUCCUGAUUCGGAAAGGUCCAGGAAACUGCCAUUUUGACUUUGCUCAGGAGAUUCUCUUCAUAGAUUAUCUCCAGAACAGCGAAGCAGCAGGAAAACAACAAAUUAGGAACUGCCCGAAGAAUGUGGAGCAGGCGAGUAUGGAUUAUGAAUCUCCACUGAUGCCGUGUGGCUUUAUUUUCCAGCUACAGUUGCUCACCAGUUGGGGAGAUCCUUACUACAUUGGUCUUAAUGGACUUGAAUUCUAUGAUGGAAAUGGUGAAAAGAUUCAUUUGACCGAGAAUAAUAUUGCGGCUUUUCCAGAUAGCGUGAACGUUUUAGAUGGCGUCUCUGGAGAUGUUCGAACCCCGGACAAAAUAAUCGACGGAGUAAAUGACACAAACGAUGGCCGACACACAUGGCUGGCCCCAAUCGUUCCUGGUUUGGUGAAUCGGGUCUAUGUUAUUUUUGAUCAGCCGACUGUUGUAUCAUUGAUUAAACUCUGGAAUUAUGCAAAAACUGGUACAAGAGGAGUAAAAGAAUUUGGGCUGCUUGUGGAUGACUUAUUAGUCUACAAUGGAAUCCUGGAUAUAGUCAGUCAUGUAGCUCGUGGGAUCCUGCCAACUUGUGACCCUAUUAUCCCAUAUCAUACCAUUCUCUUCACGAAUGAUGAGAAGAUUGCUUAUAAGGAGAGAAAUACGGUCAUAAGCACGCAAACCAGCCGGACCAAUGACAGCAAUCAAGUGGAAGAUCAGGAUGUGAAAAUGACCAAUGAAAACCAAAUUAUUCAACGAAGCAAGAAAAAACAAACAGCGGAUCCAGCUCUGCGUCCAAAAACCUGCAUGACUGAUCAGGGGCAAAUUGGAAGAAGAAGGUACUAGUAAAGGUGGGGACUGAUGAUUCCCUAUUUGCUUCCAAGGUCAGAGGACAAUGUUUCACCCCCAUUUGCUGGAGACACGGCUCCUGCCAGUUCCUUUUCUGAAAAUUGACAGCAUCUCUUUUACAAAGCAGCAGUAAACCUAUUAUCACACGUAAAAUCACAUUGAUUUACCGGACAUUCUUCUAACAUCAUUCUGGCUUAACUCGUGUCUAUUUUGGGUGUUUGUCAGUGAAGGGAAAAGGGAAAAUGUCAGUACUGGGAAAGGAACGCUUUCCAUUUUUUGCACACAACGUCACCAUCAAGUUAUUCCAGGUCAUGUACAGCCUGACCGGAUAAAGAAGUCGAAAGCGAGAGCAGGGGCUAGUUUUACUCGGUCAAUAAUGUGCCUUAACCCUAAUCACAGAGGAGCACCCUUUUAUUGCACCAUUUUGAUUUGAAAGCAUAUAUUUCUAUUCUUCCCUCCAUCUCAGCCAUCCGUGCGACAUUUCCGUGAGUGAGAUUGCCAAUGUUUUAUGCAAGGUUUUCGACCUGUGGCCAUUGGCAGGCUGCAUUGAAACUGCCCAGUCUCAUUUCAUGUAGAAUGCUUCAAUGCUGAUCUAUUUUAGAUUUCAGAUCCUCCACCUGGAAAAAAAAAAGGUGUUUUUGUUUGUGGCGGAGGUGAAUUUUCUUUAGUUGCAAAAAGGCCAACGUCAGCAUCGUUGGCCAGAUUUGAACUAUUAUGCGAAGGACAUCAAAAUCCAUGGAUUUGUUUGGGCAAAUUGGUGCCUUGGCGACCAAUAUAAGGUUUUUUUUUAAAAGAGCAGUGGUUUAAGACAUAGAAUAGCUUCCCGCUCCUCGUUUGAGCCUCGGAAUCAAGCCUCGGAGUUAAGUCUCACCUGAGAGUUUGCUGAAAUUAUAUAGUGUCCUUGUUACAGGUUUGUCCAAACAAUAUUUUGUUUGUUGGAACAGCUUUUGGAAAUGCAAAGUGUUAAGUAAAUGUGCACUGUAUUUUGACAGGCCUGUCGGAUCAGUCUGUGUUGUGGAAACAUUUGUGGAGCAAAUUUGUUAACCUCGCUUGAGGAUUUUUUCAAGUUUGCCAAAACUUCCAACACAGAUCAAAGUUUCCAGAUACUAUCUAUUCACGUCUGGUGCAUCUAUCUAGCUGCGUCCUGUAAAUAGCUGCUUGAGUUCUGUAUAGCCUGAGAAAAUCUUGAUAUAUCCGUUUAAAUAAAUACUUCUAAGUACAGAACAGGCUGCAAUGUGGUAUUAACGCGGUUCAAUCAAUUCCCCGUUGCAUCUUUAAAAAGACUACGUUUAGAAUGCACUUUCUGUUAGACGGAUGGAUGAAUGGCCAUUAGAUUUUUGUUAUUAAAAAAAAUUGGCAAACUUAAUAGCAAUGAACUUGUGUUCAAGCAGAAUUUUCAUAUAGAUCACCUUCAGGAAUUAGGAAUCACCGGGUUUCCUUUGUCCCCGGUACAAAAUUGGCACUUUUUAAAAACCUGGCCAGCUACCACAAAGUGACCUUUUAAGAAACAGUCCGUUAAACAGGAAACUGUUCUCCAUAAAAAGAAAACUAUUUAUUAAAAUAUUUGAGAUGGUUGUUGCUUUGAGCUUUCAGUGGCGUAAUAAGAAUGCAAAGAACAAGCCCGUGUUAAGUUGCAUUAGUUAUUUUUUUCUCAUGUUGAGAACUGUUAUUGCUUAUGUCAAUGCCUCACUUUUAAACCCAAGCAUUACUAUUACAAGCUCAGACCCGGGGCUUUAUAUGCUUUUUUUCACCCUGCGUAUUGCCAUUGGUGGGUACUUGUGCACGACAAGUCUUGCAAUCCUGACAAUGUUCAUGCUAUUUGCAGGAAUUGGUAAUGUAUUAAGUUUUUGUCUUGUAUUUAGACAUACGUCUGGAUUUAUUUUUUCUACAUUUGUCAUGUGAUAACUGUAAAUAUGUAUUCAUUGUGUAAAGAAAGCUUGUACUUAUUUUUAAUUUUAAGAUUUACUGAGAAGUUUAUAAGUAGUUUUACAGUUCUAAAUAAAUCUAAAAGUUCUAAUCAAA